CUUCUGUUUAUGCUUGUUUGAUUCUUCAAUAUUUGUGUCAACUCUUGGCACUUGAGGAGCUCCUCCAUUCAUAUCCAGGAAGUCGAAAACAUUAAUUUGAAGCCAUAUAUAGAAAAUGAAUGACUGGGCUGCUCCACUUAUAGCAGCAGGGCUGUUUGCAUUUCUUUCACCUGGUUUACUGCUGCAAAUCCCUGGGAAGCAUCACCCCAUUGAUUUUAUGAACAUGAAGACUAGUGCGGCCGCCAUUUUUGUUCAUGCAGUUCUCUAUGCUUUGUUCCUCAUCUUGUUCCUUGUUGUUCUUCAUGUCCGCCUGUAUAUCUAAAACAACAAACAGGGUUCCUUUUUGUUCUUCGUUUUGUUACUGUGUUGUUUGUAAGUUCUAAUCUGUUGUGUGAGCACAUGAA